CAGCGUUUUGCGAAUGGCUCUUUUUCCUUUAAUUCUUUAUUAUUAGACCUCUUUUUCUUUACCAUAGACCACGGAGGCUCAUACAGUGCCGGGCACCUUCUGACAUUACAAGAUGGCUGAUGAAUUCGCCCAACUCGUCCCUGAGACGUCACAUCAUUCCAGACCUCAUGCCGACCAUGACUUCUCUCCGCGCUGCCCUUUCUGUGUUAUAGCACGCACAUACAACCCGACCUCGCCUUCCGCGGCCGAGGGCAAUCCAGGACUGAAUCCCGAGCAACUCGAUCCGCCAUCAUUUGUGCUCUACUCGUCAGAGCAUAUCAUUGCUUUUCUAGAUAUCAUGCCUCUAACCCGAGGUCAUGUACUUGUUGCACCUCGUAAACACCGUAUCAAAGUCGGAGAUUUGAGCCCGGAUGAGGGUGCUGAGAUUGGACGAGUUCUACCUCUUCUUAGCAGAGCCAUCAUGAAAGCUGUCAUGCCAAACAUCCCCCAUCAACAGGUCGACUACAACGUUGUGCAAAACAAUGGUCCCGGAGCUGCACAGGUUGUCCCACAUGUGCACUUCCACAUUGUGCCACGGCCACCUUUGAACUACGUUACUCCUAAAAGAUCAACGCCGAUGGCGAAAACUCAGUACCCUGCGAAUGCUCAGCCAACAGGGUUCAAUCGCACGAGGGUCUUGUUCGGUCGUGGACCACGAGACGAUCUGGAUUACGAAGACUCUGCUGUGCUUGUAGAGGAUAUGAGGCGAUGUAUCAGAGAGGAGUGGGAAAGAAGUUCUGCUGGGACACGGGAAGCCAGUGUCGACCAAGACCAACGUUCUAUGGGGAAUUCCGAGUCUAGGAAAUGCGUUUGGAAAGUCUAGCUCCAAGAAUUCCGGUCAGCCAUCGC